AUGACUCGUAGCUGCGGCCUCCUCCUCCACCCGACUUCGCUGCCCGGCGCAUUCCCGGUCGGCGACUUGGGCCCCCGGGCGCUAGCGUUUCUGGACUGGGCUAGCGCUGCCGGCGCCGGCUGGUGGCAGGUGCUGCCGCUCAACCCGCCCGAAGCGAUCUCGCCCUACGGCGGACUGUCGGCCUUCGCCGGCAAUCCGCUGUUGAUCUCGCCCGAGCUGCUGGUGGACGACGGACUGCUGGACGCACGCGACCUUCGCGAGGCUCCACCGGCCACCACCGACCGGGUCGACUUCGAAAUCGCAGAGGCGUGGAAGGUCGGGCUGCUAGAUCGAGCCUGGCAGCGGGUAGAGGGCGACUCGACUUUGGCGGCUGAGCUCGAGCGCUUCGCCGCGGCCGAGGCCCAACGGCCCUGGCUCGACGACUGGACCUUGUUCUGCGCCCUGCGUGAGCUGCACGGUCCGGACUGGCGUGAAUGGCCAGCCGACCUGGCCCGGCGGCAGCCCGACGCCCUGGCCUUGGCCACCGACCCCGCUAAUCGGCUGGCACCUGCUAACCAUCUGCCAAACCGACGGCGGUUUCACGAGUUCGUUCAGCUGCUCUUCUUCCGCCAGUGCCAGGCGCUGCGCCGCGCCGCUGCCGAGCGUGGGUUGAGGAUCUUCGGCGACUUGCCGAUCUACGUCCCGGCGACCAGCGCCGAAGUUUGGGCUCACCGGCGAUUGUUCGAGCUCGACGAGGAUGGCCGGCAGCUGGCCCAAGCCGGCGUGCCACCAGAUUACUUCAGCGACACUGGCCAGCUGUGGGGCUUUCCGCUCUACCGCUGGGAGCGGGUCGCUGAGGAGGGAUAUGGCUGGUGGGUCAACCGCUUGGCCGCCAAUCUGGGCUUGGCCGAUUGCGUGCGCCUCGACCACUUCCGCGCCUUCGCCGGCUACUGGCGAGUGCCGGCCGGCGAGCUGACCGCCGCCGCCGGCAGCUGGCAUCCUGGGCCGGGACGAGAGCUGUUCGACGCCCUGCGCCGGGCGCUCGGCGAACUUCCGCUGGUGGCCGAAGAUCUCGGCGAGAUCACCCCCGACGUAGAGCAGCUGCGCCGCGACUUGGGACUUCCCGGCAUGCGGGUGCUGCAAUUCGGCUUCGACGACCCCCACAGCCCCCAUGCGCCGCACAACCUGCAACCCGACUGCGUUGUCUACACCGGCACCCACGACAACGACACGCUGGCCGGCUGGUACUCGAAUCUGGAGCAUGCACCUCGGCAACGGGUCGACGGCUAUCUAGCAGAGCACGGUAGCGAGCACGACGAAAUCCACUGGCGGCUGAUCGAACAAGCCUUCGGCUCGGCCGCCGAGACCGCGAUCGUGCCGCUGCAGGACGUUCUAGGACUGGGAUCGGAGGCGCGGAUGAAUACCCCAGGCACCAGCACCGACAACUGGCUCUGGCGUCUCGGCGACGGACAGCUGACCGAGCACGACGCCCGGCGGCUACGGAACCUGGCGGAAGUCACCGGCCGGGCCCAGGCCCCCUCGGCUAGCCACUAG